AUGUAGUGUACAAAAAAAUUUAUUUUAGACAAAAAAAAAAUUUUUAAAAAUUAAAAUAUAGAAACCUUAUUAAAAAAUUCCAAAUAAAAUAAUAUAAUUAGAAUAAAAACUACAGUUAAAUGGAUAUAUAAUGAUUAAGAAGAGGUCAUAGGAUUCUAAUUAUAUAAUUAAGAUGAGAAAAAAUUAGCAGAGCUUUUUGGAUAAAAUAUUGUAAUGUAGUCUAUCAAAGACUAUCUUUCAAAAUAAGUUUUUUAGAAACGUUUUUUAUCUGAAUAUGAAAUAUUAAAGAAAAUAGGCAAAGGAAAAUAUGCAAAAGUCUAUAAAGCUCGAAAAAAAGAUACUGGGGAAUUAUUAGCAGUAAAAUAUUUACAUAAAUCAAAACUAAUAAGCCUAGAAAACGGAGAACUUUCCUUAUUCAAUGAACUUAAGAUUUUAAGAAUGUUAAAUCAUCCUAAUUGCAUAAAUAUUUUAGCUGCCUAUGAAGAUGUAUAUGGAUAUUAUAUUGUAACUGAACUCCUUGAUGAAAAUAAAUCUUUAUAUUAAGAAAUUUAUAAAUAUUAAAAUUCUUAUUUUAGUGAUUAAGUGUGUGGAGUUAUAAUAAAAUAAAUUUUAAAUGGUUUAAAUUAUGUUCACGAGAAAAAAAUAAUGCAUAGAGAUCUUAAACCUUAGAACAUUAUGUUCAAGAAUACAUCCUAUUAAUAAUUAAAUAAUUUAAAAAUAAUAGAUUUUGGUCUUGCUUAAAUAAAUGAUGGUUAAAAAUAUAUUUAUGUUCACGUUGGUACUCCAGGUUUUGUUGCGCCUGAAAUUUUAUCAAACGAGUCUGAAGAUCAUAGAUAUGACGAAAAAUGUGAUAUUUUUUCAGUCGGAGUUAUCUUGUAUAUAUUAUUAACUGGAAAAUCCAUAUUUGAAGGGAAAAAAUUUUCAUAAAUCUUAGAUUAAAAUAAAGCUUGUGAUGUAUAAUUUAAAAUUGAUAAAUUAAAAUCAUAAAGAAAUAAAUUAACAAUUGAUAUUUUAACAAAACUUCUUGAAAAAGAUCCGUUAAAAAGACCUUCUGCAGCUGAAGCUUUAAAUCAUGAUUUUUUUAAGAAUUUAGAUAAAUAGCCUAAAUUAGAAAAAAAAUUCUCAGAGGGAGAUUUCAAUAAUUUAUUAUAAAAUGAUUUAGUACAAAAAAAUAAAUAUCCUGCUAGUGUUUUAAGUAGCAAUGAAUAUUAAAGAUUAGGACUUAUUGAAAAAAUGAAAGAAAUAGAAUUAAAUAAUCAAAACUAUCAUGAUAUUGAGAACGAUAAAAUUGAAGAACCUGAAAAAAAAGAUUCAGAAGAUAAUUCUUAAUAAAACGAAAAUGCCAAAAAUGAUAGUCCAAAUUGUCCAAAAUCUUAAUUUACAGUUCCAUAAUUAAAAAUUCGUAAAUUUAGUACUUAUUCUUAAGAUGAUAUUGUUUCUUCGUUGAGUUAUGAAAUUUAAAAAGGAAUGAAAAUUAGAGUUUAUAAAUUAGGUUUAUAUAUUUUAUUUGGGAAAGAUUUAUAUGGGAUCCCUGCUGAAAAUAAAAUAUAAUAAAGGAACGUUACAAAUGAUGAUGAAAAUAAUGAAAAAGAUUAUAAUAAUAACUAAAAUAUUAUAUAAGAUAAUAUCAAUGAAUUAAAAUAUUAUUGA